AUGCUCACUCCCACGAGCACUUUCGCUCUCCGCCUGGCCGGCCAGGGCGCCGCCCGCGCCUCCAUCGCCCGCACCAUCGCAUGCCCGUACUCGACGACCUCCAAGACACCAACCCCGGCCGGCCGUCCGAUCGGUCUCGCUCCCUCCUCGCCGCUCGCUCACAGCAGCGCCGUUUUCUCGUCCUCCUCCCCGAUUCUCGCCCGCGUCGUCCGCCAGCCCUGCGCCCAGCGCAAUGCCUCAACCUCCGCAACCUCCCCCGCGGCGUCGCAAAAGUCCGCGUUCCCCACGGCGGCGCAGCAGGGCGACAGGCUCGACUGGAACACCUUCUUCGCGCUGCGCAAGUCCCGCCGCAGGUGGCAGCUGGGCUUCAGCGUCGUGACGUUCGGUGCGUCCUUCGUCGGCGGGGCGGGCGUGCUCGCUACCGGCGUCGCGGACCCCCUGGUCUCGCAGGUGCCGCUGGACCCCUUCAUCACGCUUGGUCUUAUGACGAUGAGCUUCGGUGCGCUGGGUUGGCUGAUUGGGCCGAGCGUGGGAUCGCUUGUGUUUUACACGCUGAACAAGAGGUGGAAGAACCAGAUGACGGUGAAGGAGAAGGAGUUCUUUGCUCGCAUCAAGAAGAACCGCGUCGACCCCUCUGUCUCCUCUGUCGGUAACCCUGUCCCUGAUUUCUACGGCGAGAAGAUCUCCAGCGUCGCAGGCUACCGCCAAUGGCUCAAGGACCAGCGUGCCUUCAACCGCAAGCGCGUCACCUUUGUGUAA